GAGGAUCCACACGCAUCUCCGCUCUGUCUAUCUCUCCCCUGCCACCUUCUGCACCCCUCCUUGGCUUCUUUGCCACUCCGGGAGGGGUGGGAAAAAGAACUGCACUUUCUUUUUGUGCCUGUGAGCGUACCUUUUCCUGCACCGACGUUCUCUCUCGCAGCCGCUCCGAGAUUUUCGUUUAUUUUGCUUUUUUUGUGUGGUUUUUGUUUUGUUUGUUUUUUUCUUUUCGGCGUUCGCAUUUCUUCCUUUCUCCUCACUCCAGAGAUGCCGGAGGAGUUCAGAAGCUCACGGACGGAUGGGGUUUUAAUUCAUUCUCUUUUUGCCCCACCUCGCCAGCUCUUGAAGGACCAGAAGAAGAAAAACUAAACCCAAACAUCUGAUUUUCCGACGGCGCCUCCCUCUUCCAACUACUCUCCACCGGACCGCUGAAUUAACCAAACCGCGCGUUACAAAUCACACACCUCCCCCCCCAAAAAAUAAACCCCAAAUAACAAAACCCAACAAACAACCAAACAAAACAACGCAAACCAACAACCUAACAACAACCAACAACCCCCAAGAAUACCAGAGAAGAAAGGAGGGAGCGACGCAUUGUCACCGGGGGCAGCGGCGUGUCUGCGCGCCUGGCCGCGGCCGAACAAAGCCGGCAGCACCUCGCCGGGCUCCUCGCCCCGGGCUCCGCGUUCUCCUCCCGGCCCAGCCCGGCCUGGGAACUGCGGGCUGCGGGGCGGGGAAGGGGAAGCCGAGGGGAAGGGGAGAGGGAAUCAUCCGAGCUGGUGUUAUUGCCCGCAUCCCUUUUGUUAUCUUUCGCGAUCGGAGGAAGAAGAGCGGGGGAGAAACGGCACUUCCCGGAGCAAUUUUUUUAACCUCCCCUCUCAAGUCGGCUGGCAGCAGCUGCCGGGGCGUGUGCAUCCCGCUGCCCGGAAUCAACAGACUUUGAUGGGGUUGGGGGGCGAAACCCUCUUUUCUUUUUUAUUUCCUUUUUUUCCUUUCCCCCCCCCCCCCCCUUCCUCCUCUGAUGCAUCGUAAGUAACUUAAGUUGUUAUUUAUACUCCGCAAACAAACACGGCUAUAACAUCUCCCCAUCUCCGGAGCGCUGGAGGCCGCGGCGAGGGAUGAGAUCUGCCUUUCCCCACCCGAGCAGGACACUUUCCCACUCCUAAUUCAUUUGAUUUGAUUUUUGUUAUUUUUAAAAAAUAUUUCCUCCCCCCCCUUUAAAUUUUUUUUCCAUGCUUCGCUCCCAGAGGGUCAUUUGAACUGUAAAGGAACCGCCGAGGGGGCGAGGGGACCUGGAGAGAGAGGCUGCCCAAACGACUCUGCCGAGCAAGCACUGGGAAUAAUGGAAGGAAGUAUAUUGCGCUGAGAAGCUGCCGUCAAAAGCCAGAAACGGGAUGGUACAUGACGGGCAUCAUCUAUCCCCGGUACCGCGUUUGUUGUGCUUCCUCAGGGGGCACCGACCCGCCUGCUCCCCCGCCCGCCUCUCCCCCGCCACCCGGCCGGGUGGAGAGGGACAGCCACUGGCGACGGGGCCAGGGCGCGAGGGUCGACAUGUCCCUGCCCCUGCCUCCCCCCAUGCCUCGCCCCUUUACCCCUCCCGAUGCCGGUGCCGAGGGGCUGACCCCGCUCUCUCUGGUUCUCUGUCCCGGGAAGGCUCCUCCGCCCCCUCCAAGAUGAUGCUUAGCCCGGAUCAAGCUGCCGACUCCGACCACCCCUCCUCGGCUCCCUCCGACCCGGAGUCCCUGGGCGGCGCGGACGCUCAAUCGCUCAGCUGCUGCAUCUCCGACCCGGAGCCCGCCGAGGGCGGUGGCGGCGGCGGGGAGGGCCGAGGCGGCGGCGGGGAGGGCAGGGGCGGGGGCCGGCCCGGGCUGCACCCUCCGCCGCUGAGCCGGGAGGAGAAGAGACGGAGGCGACGAGCCACGGCCAAGUACCGCUCGGCCCACGCCACGCGUGAGCGGAUCCGCGUGGAGGCCUUCAACCUGGCCUUCGCCGAGCUGCGCAAGCUGCUGCCCACCCUGCCCCCCGACAAGAAGCUCUCUAAGAUCGAGAUUCUGCGCCUCGCCAUCUGCUACAUCUCCUAUCUCAACCACGUCCUGGACGUGUAAGCGCCUCGACGGACCCCCGGAGAUCCAGACGCCUCUCUCCCCUCUCAGCCCCGCCGCCGCUGCCCUGUGUCCGGGCGAGCGGGUAGCGGCGGGCAGUGCCUGCCCCGGGGGCGAACGGGGGUGUCCUCGCAGCCUGCUCAUCUCCUCGCACGACGUGGCCGGCGGAGAUCCCGAUUUUCUGGGGAAGAGAAAAUGUAAACCCGGAUUGUUUUCUUCAGGCUGUCAAGUGCCCCUUGUUAUAUAUCCAAAAAACACCCCACAAAACCCCAACCCCAUCUACUUGUGACCUUAAACGUGUGACUCAUGGGUGCAGUUUAAAAAAUAACUAUUUUUUAUUUAUGGUAGACAAUUUAUUUUUUUCCUCGAGAUUAAUUUAUUUUUCAGAGUGGUGGCAAUUUUACUUUGGAUACUCUGUGCCAAUCGGUUUCUAGAGUCGGGUGUUUACACUUUCUCCUGUGGAAUAUUACGUUUAACUUUAUGAGUGUUUGUUGGGAUGGAUAACAGUGCUCCAGUUCUUUUUCUUUUCCUUUUAAAAGUAAAAGAUGUCUUUAAUUUAUUCCCCCCCCCCUCCUCCGAUUAUAUUUGCACUUGUAUACAACAAACCUUCCCUUCCUCCCCGUUUCUAAGUAUAUUUUAUAUAUAUCGAGCCUCUUGUUCUUGACCUUUCCUCCCCCCUCCCUUUCUUUUCUCGUGUGGGAUCGACAACCACUAGCACUUAACUAGGAGAGUUUGUUUUGUUGCGUUUCGUUUUGAAAAGACUUGUUGUUCUUCUGAUCUAUAGUUCUGUCUGGAAAGUACUCUGCAAAUCGUUUAUAAGGGAAGUAGUUUCUUUGUGAGUGUAGAUGUGCGUGUGCGUGUGUGUAUAUAUGCAUGUGCGUGGGAGUGAGCCUUGGCGGGGGGGGGCGUAUGUGUGUGGUAUAUUUUUAGGAAAGGAUUUUUUUUUCCUAAAAAAAAGAGGAGAAAAAAGAAAAAAAAAAAGAAGGGAAAAAAAAACGGAAAGAAAGAAAAGUAAAUCUAGGACUGCUUUCCUUUGUGACAACCAAAAAAAAAAAAAAAAAA